AUUGCUUUAGUUGGAGAAUGACUACUGACUUGUGAAUCGCUGUGCGGCUUCUUUCCUCCGCCAACUACAUCAUUCAUUUUUUUUACCUGUCACCACCCACGUUGGACCAUCUUGUCAUAUUUUUUUUUUCUUUUCUAUCUCGCAGCCGUCCUUCGUCGAUCGUUGCUUAAACAUUCACAGACACACGAAGUAGAGAUAGAGAAAAUAAAAAUAAAAACGGAACAAUGUCACCCCAAUCUAAAAACUUAGAUACCGUCCGUCCGGUCGAUAUCCCUCGAGAUAUCGAAGAAAUGAUUGUGGCCGCGAGCCAGCUGUGCGAUAUGAAACAUAAUACAUUCCUGCAUCGGGAUGAAAUCAUGAAACUCCAGAAAGGUGGCCACUUGCAGGAAUAUGUCCGAGACGAUUACCAAGUAACCACUGAAUUAGAAUGUAAAUUUGCCGGCCUCAGACAGAAUUUGAAUAGAAGACGACCUGCUUUACCAGUUAUGAAACCAAGUAAAAGAGUAAAAGUGAAUUCUAGAAAUCUAACCGAAAACAAUGCUUUAAUGCAGGGUGGUACCGUUUUGAUAGGCGAUCCAUCCCGACAACGGAAGCGACGGAAGCUCUCGCCAGUUUCCAGUGGACUUUCUACAGAAAAUGUACCCCCAAUGUCAAAUCAACAACAGUACCUUCCAAUGAUCUUCACCCCUCCUUCGGACUUUAUUCCCGCUCCCUCCAGUGUUGUUGAUGCAGAAACAGUUCAUCCCCUCAAGGGCCGAAAGGCAACUGGCCCCAAACGUGUACAUGUAUGCCAUGUGCCUAAUUGUGGAAAAAAAUACACAAAGAACAGUCACCUCAAGACUCACCUACGAACACAUACUGGUGAACGUCCGUAUGUGUGUAAAUGGAAAGAUUGCCCAAAGAGUUUCUCACGAUCAGAUGAACUAACUCGACAUUACAGAACACACACUGGUAAGUUCUGCUUGUUAACCUUGGAAUACAAGUUUUGGUUGGGGGCGUAUGUAUGUGUGAUAUGGUUCGCCAGUCCUCAGUCAAAUCAAUGAUUGAUUGUCCAUGCUGGAGACUAGUAUUAUGCAAGGGUAUGAGACAAGCGGAAAGGAAACUGGAACUUUCCACUGAAGAAAGGAGAAUGCAGUAUCGCUGGAGGAGAGUUUCUUCAAAUGUAGCCGAUGCAUGCAAGAGUACCACUCUUGUGUGGUCCUGUGCAGCCACACCAGAUGCUGCACUGCCAUCAGCAGCUGGCACAAUUCUCCUUAUG